UGGAAGAAAAAAAAAAAAAACCAGUUGUGUUAUUUACAACUUACUGUAGUAGUAGUAGAUCAGUAAAGAUUUUUGCUUGAUUCUUUUUCUUGGAUCAAUGGAUCAGAUGUCAUUCUAAGUAAGUUUUGCAGACUGAAUCAACCUGAUAUUUGUGGUGAUUAUUGAAGUGAAGAUGAUGAAUGUUGAGCAUGUUAUUAUGAUUUGGGUUUUAUUUGGUUUUUUAAUGGUUGCAAAAUCCGAGGUUUAUAUUGUAACUAUUGAAGGAGAGCCAGUGAUAAGUUAUAGGGGUGGCAUUGAUGGUUUUGAAGCCACUGCUGUUGAAUCUGAUCAGAAACUUGAUGCAACAAGUGAUUUGGUUACUUCAUACUCACAACAUCUUGAAACGAGGCAUGAUAAUCUUCUUGAAUCACUAUUUGAUGAUGAAACGUACACGAAACUGUACAGCUACAAGCAUCUUAUCAAUGGUUUUGCAGUCCACAUUUCUCCCGAACAGGCAGAAACGCUUAGGCGAGCCCCUGGUGUGAAGUCUGUUGAUAGAGAUUGGAAGGUGAAGAAACUCACCACACACACACCACAGUUUCUAGGACUUCCGACUGGAGUCUGGCCAACUGGUGGCGGAUUUGAUCGAGCUGGAGAAGACAUUGUGAUUGGGUUUGUUGACUCUGGUAUUUUCCCGUAUCAUCCAAGCUUUCAAAAUCCCAGAGUCGAGCCCUAUGGACCGUUUCCAAGAUAUAGAGGGAAAUGUGAACUUGAUCCUGAAACCAAGAGGAGUUUUUGCAAUGGAAAGAUUGUUGGGGCACAACAUUUUGCAAAAGCUGCUACAGUUUCUGGUGCAUUCAAUCCUGAGAUAGAUUUUGCUUCUCCUUUGGAUGGCGAUGGACAUGGAAGUCAUACUGCAGCUAUUGCUGCUGGAAAUAAUGGGAUUCCUGUACGAGUGCAUGGUCAUGAAUAUGGAAGAGCAAGUGGAAUGGCUCCUCGUGCUAGGAUUGCGGUAUACAAGGCACUAUACAGGCUCUUUGGAGGGUUUGUUGCCGAUGUCGUUGCUGCCAUUGAGCAGGCUGUUCAUGACGGUGUUGACAUUAUAAAUCUAUCAGUUGGGCCAAACAGCCCUCCAGCUACCACAAGAACCACAUUUUUAAAUCCGUUUGAUGCUGUGCUUCUCUCUGCUGUAAAAGCUGGAGUUUUUGUUGCACAAGCAGCCGGAAAUGGAGGCCCGUUUUCUAAAACCUUGGUGUCUUACAGUCCGUGGAUCGCAUCUGUAGCUGCUGCUGUUGAUGAUCGGAGGUAUAAAAACCAUUUGACACUAGGAAACGGCAAGAUCCUAGCUGGAAUCGGCAUGUCACCUGCUACGCGUCUCAAUAAAAAAUAUACUCUUGUGGCUGCCAAUGAUGUCUUGUUGGAUUCUUCGGGAAAGUCUAGUACCGCGGAUUGUCAAAGGCCUGAAGUUUUAAACAAGAAUAUGGUGAAAGGGAACAUACUUCUUUGUGGGUACUCCUUCAAUUUUGUAAUUGGUUCGGCGUCUAUGGCAAAGGUUGCGGAAACAGCCAAGAGUCUCGGUGCAAUUGGUUUUGUUCUUGCUGUUGAAAAUGCCUCCCCAGGAACAAAAUUUGACCCCGUACCUGUUGGCAUUCCUGGAAUUCUCAUCACUGAUGUUAGCAAGUCAAUGGACCUUAUUGAUUAUUACAAUGUCUCAACUUCAAGGGACUGGACUGGGCGAGUGAAGAGUUUUAAAGCGGUAGGAUCUAUCGGAGAUGGUUUAGAGCCGAUUCUUCACAAAUCAGCCCCAAUGGUAGCGUUAUUCUCUGCUCGCGGGCCCAACAUAAAAGAUUACAGCUACCGAGAAGCGGAUCUUUUGAAACCUGAUAUUCUAGCACCUGGUUCCUUGAUCUGGGCUUCUUGGUCUCCGAAUGGAACAGAUGAGGCUAACUACCUAGGAGAACAUUUUGCUAUGAUCUCUGGAACUAGCAUGGCUGCACCACAUAUAGCUGGGAUUGCGGCCCUUGUGAAGCAGAAGCAUCCUCAUUGGAGCCCUGCAGCCAUCAAGUCAGCGUUGAUGACAACAUCCAAUACACUCGAUAGAGGAGCAAGGCCGAUUCUAGCCCAACAAUAUUCGGGUUCUGAAACAAUGACAUUUGUUAAGGCCACACCAUUUGAUUAUGGUAGCGGUCACGUUAACCCCAGAGCUGCUUUGGAUCCGGGCCUCAUUUUCGAUGCAGGUUACGACGAUUAUUUAGGGUUUUUGUGCACCACACCUGGACUUGACUCACACGAAAUCCGAAACUAUACCCACCGGCCAUGCAACUACACACUUGGUCAUCCAUACAAUCUAAACUCACCAUCAAUUGCGGUUUCCCAUCUUGUAAGAACUCAAACCGUGAGGCGAACUGUCACAAAUGUUGAUCAAGAAGAGACAUACAGGAUCACAGCUCGAAUGUCACCAGCUGUAGCCAUUGAAAUAAGCCCUGUAUCCAUGACCCUCAAACCGGGUGCAUCCCGUAAGUUCUACGUCACUCUAACUGUAAAGUCAGUUACCGGGACCUACAGUUUUGGAGAGGUUAUCUUAAAAGGAAACCGAGGGCACAAAGUGCGGAUCCCAGUUGUAGCAAUGGGUUAUGAUCGGUAAUUUCAUGUGUUGUUUAUUCUUUGUAAAAGUGUUCAGAUAAUAAGACGUAGGAACCGCUAGGUGUAAAGAGUAUUAAGUUUUGAUGGUGCCCCCUCCCGCUGUUAUGGCUUGAAAGCAGCCUUGAUUGUACUCUGUCGGAUGCAAACCGAGACUGUGCAGUUUGAUAUGAUGUGAAAAAGAAGUUUUGGGAUGCAAAACGAGUUGGGUGAGACUGAUCUCACAGCAACUGAGUAUUGUUUGUAUUUCCUUAGGAUUCGAGAGGAGCCAGCAGAUUUUCCAAGGGAGCUUAAGUAGCUGUGCUCUAUGCCUCUAUGUAAUGUCAUUUUGAAAUCUCUUUUAGAGUUGUAACAGUUAGAAUUAUAGUAGUAAAAUGUUGUAAUGAUUUGUAUUUCAUGUAGUAAAAGUUUAUAUAUUUUCUUGAUUUUUAA